AUUUUGAAUGUUUGUACUAUUAUGGACAUAAAAGGGUAUUUGAGGUUUGAAUGAGAUUCCAGAGAUGGGAGAUGAGUUAGAGAGGAAGAAGAAGAACCAUUCCUCUCCGACUGCCUGACGAUCUAUAUUUCAGAUCUGUUAUCUUUCUCUAUCUCCAAAUGCUUUUAAAAUCUCUCAACUCCUUCACCAUCAUAUCCAUGUUUGGCUUCGCAUUCUUUAUCCUCUUCUUCUCGGGCUUCCUCGAAUUCCCAUCUCUAUCCACCACCAUCGAACCCAUCAGAUAUCCAACUCUUUCACUAACCAAAUCCACGCCACACCCAUUUACUGAUUUGGUCACUGCCUUCAAGGAAUGGGAUUCUCACGUGGGUUGCCCUCACUUCCGGGAGAACCACAAAGUUUCUAUUCAAAUAGCGAAUAGCUCUUCUUCUCUGCAAGUUUCUGAUGCUGAAUCUGAGUGUGGGGAGCUGAAGAUGGACCAUGUCAGUGUUUUGGUCAAAGGGUGGACAUGGAUUCCUGAUAAUUUAGAUAAUUUGUAUCCGUGUGCUUGUGGUUUGAGCUGUUUGUGGACUAAAUCUUCUGUUCUUGCUGAUAAGCCUGACGCCUUGCUGUUUGAGACAACUACGCCUCCUCUUCAGAGACGUACUGGUGAUCCUCUUCGUGUAUACAUGGAACUUGAGGCUGGCAGGAAACGGUCCGGUGCUGAGGAUUUAUUUAUUAGUUAUCAUGCCAAAGAUGAUGUGCAGUCGACUUAUGCUGGUGGACUCUUUCACAAUGGUCGAAAUUAUCAUGUCUCUUCUCACAAGGAUAAUGAUACACUUGUUUACUGGUCGUCAUCACGUUGUCUUCCUCAAAGAAACAAGCUGGCCAAGAAACUUCUCAGCUUACUGCCUCACCAUUCAUUUGGUAAGUGCUUGAACAAUGUUGGUGGUCUAGACAAGGCCCUGUCAUUUUACCCCGAGUGCACCAAUGAUGCUAAUGUCACCCCGAAGUGGUGGGAUCACUUACAUUGCGCCAUGUCCCAUUACAAAUUUGUUCUUGCAAUCGAGAAUACUGUGACAGAAAGUUAUGUUACGGAGAAACUAUUCUAUGCUUUAGACUCAGGUUCAGUUCCCAUCUAUUUUGGGGCCUCAAAUGUCUUGGACUUUGUCCCUCCAAAUUCUAUCAUCGAUGGGAGUACAUUCAGCUCCUUGGAGGAAUUGGCUUCUUAUGUGAGAAACGUUGCCAAUGAUCCUAUAGCCUAUGCAGAAUACCAUGCCUGGAGAAGAUGUGGGGUUUUGGGUAACUAUGGAAAGACUCGUGCUGUGAGCCUUGACACCUUACCGUGCCGGUUAUGCAAUGCUGUAAGCAGAAAAGGUGGGAGAAAUGCAGGAGCCAUUUAGUAUUUUUGUUUGUUUUUGUAUGGGGUUAUUGAUUUGUGAUGAUAUUUACAGUGGUCGUAGAGUAUAGGUUAGGAAACGGUAAUUACGAUAGGAAUACAAAAUUAUAGAGUCCACUUAACCCUGUUUCCCUUGGUCUAUCUACUAACAUUGUAUAUUACCAAGUGUUAUGGGUUUAAGACACUUGUAUUUUUCAACUGAAUGUACUCCCUUCACAAUGGGAGGAAGUGUUUUUUUCUUUUUGAGUAAUGAUUAGAAUUACUCGUGAAUUUAUGAUACAGAAAUUUGCAAUUA